ACCUUCAAGGUAGGGGGAUAUUGCAUCAGUCCUAGUUUCCGGACAACAAAUUUUGUUGGCUUAACUCAGUGAUCAGAUGUUUUUCAUCCGCCUCACAUUCCAUAAUUAGAUUGUAUUCCGUCACGUGCGAUCGGUCAGCAGAUACAUGUCAGAUGAUGGCAUAUGCAAAAGAAAAAUGUCGAUAAAUGUGGACGACGAAACGAGGAAACUCCUUCAAUAUGGAGCUUCUGAAAAUGAGGAAAGCUGGAGUACUAGAAACGUCCCUCCUCACAAAGGAUACGGUGCUCGACACACCCUGGCGAUCCUUGCAUUCUUAGGAUGUUUCAACACCUACGCCAUGCGAUUCAAUCUUAGUGUUGCAAUGGUUGCUAUGGCAAACCAUACAGACAUUCGAUCAAAAAAUAUGACAACUGACAUGGGAUGUCCUAUCAUGAAUCAAACAAAACCAAUUGAUCAGGCUGUAGAGUUCGAUUGGGAUGAGGCUACACAGGGGUUCAUUUUAAGCGCGUUUUUCUACGGAUAUGUCGCUACCCAGAUGCCCGGGGGGUGGUUAGCUGGAAAAGUUGGCGGGAAACAACUUUUUGGUGUUAGUGUCCUUAUUCCUGGGAUUCUGACCAUUCUAACACCGCUAGUUACCAAACUAGGAGCUGGUGCACUAAUUGUAACACGGGUUAUAGAGGGACUGGCCGAGGGCUUGACAUUCCCAUCACUCGCCUCCAUGCUGGGAAUCUGGGUACCGGAAAUGGAGAGGACAAUCAUUCCAACGUUUAUAUUUUCAGGGUGCAGCCUAGGGAAUGUCGUAUGCCUACCGCUAGUCGGGUAUCUGUCUACCUCCAAAGCAUUGGGUGGAUGGCCUUCCAGCUUCUAUAUAUUUGGUGGACUUGGAUGCGUGUGGUAUCUAUUCUGGCAGUUUUUGGUGUAUGAUACCCCGGCGAAGCAUCCUACCAUAUCCAAAGUGGAGCGAGAUUACAUACAAAGUACAACAGGGGUAAUGGAAGCUGGAACAAAAUCUGACAAAACUUAUAUCGUCCCGUGGAAAGCCAUACUGACCUCAUCAGCUGUAUGGUCAAUAGUGGUCCUCAAUUUCACGACGUCAUGGGGAUAUUUCGUGACGCUGACGUCUGUUCCUACCUAUAUGAACAAAAUACAGAAUUAUGAUAUUGCACAGGAUGGACUAUUAGUGGCACUCCCAGAUCUCAUUAAUCUGACACUAGGACUCAUCACAAGCUGGGUGUCAGACUUAAUGCGUCAAAGAGGAUAUAUGUCAACGGUUGCUGUCCGGAAACUGUGUAGUAUAAUUGGACUGGCGUCAGCCGCAGCACUUCUACCGUUUAUAACCCUGGCCGGAUGUAACCAUGUAGUGGUCGUGUCUCUUAUCGUGGUGGGUAACGGAAUGCUGGGAGUUUCCUGGACAGCUCUGGCAGCAAACAUUUACGACAUCGGACAUAACUAUGCAGGCACACUUUCUGGAAUCUCUAAUUUUAUCGGAAAUAUGCCAGGGAUAAUUGCGCCUUUCGCAAUUGGCCUCAUUACAAAUAAUCAGGAGACAAUGGCACGAUGGGAGAUAGUGUUCUACAUUUCCAUGGCCAUGUAUCUGUUUGGGCUAAUCACCUUUCUCAUAUUUGGCAAAGGAACAGAACAGUCUUGGAACAAGGCUUCCAGUGAAAUGACCACCAUACAGGAACGGAAAAGUAACUCUUAGACAAUGAAAUCUCGAAAUCCUGACGCACUGGAUAAGUAUGCAAACGGGUACAUAGGUACAUGUAGCUGUUACUAUAAUUAUCGGGAGUGCUAAACAGCUUGCAUCUAUUACAGUGGAACUGAUGUAACUUCUCAUUAAAUUAUUGUUGUUAUAAUGAUUUGUUAUUAAACCUUAAUAAGGAUUUUA